UCACCACCAAGAUGGCCGACGCUAUGGAGGAAUAUGAGAAAGAAGCUGGCUGCGUCCCUAUUCUCCAUCCUGAGGAAAUCAAACCCCAGAGUCAUUACAAUCACGGCUACAGUGAAAAUGUCAGCCGUAAAAACCACGUGGACGACUACAGCACCUGGGACAUUGUCAAAGCCACACAGUACGGCAUCUUCGAGCGCUGCAGGGAGUUGGUGGAGGCAGGUUUCGAUGUUCGGCAGCCAGACAAAGAAAACGUAACGCUCCUUCACUGGGCCGCCAUCAACAACAGGAUAGACUUGGUCAAGUACUACAUAUCAAAGGGAGCUAUAGUUGACCAACUGGGAGGAGACCUCAACUCCACACCUCUGCACUGGGCUACCAGACAAGGCCAUCUAUCUAUGGUGGUGCAGCUCAUGAAAUAUGGUGCUGACCCGUCUUUGAUUGAUGGCGAGGGCUGCAGCUGCGUCCAUUUGGCCGCCCAGUUCGGCCACACUUCCAUCGUGGCCUACCUCAUUGCCAAAGGACAGGAUGUGGACAUGAUGGAUCAGAACGGCAUGACUCCUCUAAUGUGGGCGGCUUACAGGACACACAGUGUGGAUCCCACCCGGCUGCUACUCACCUUCAAUGUGUCUGUCAACCUGGGUGACAAAUAUCACAAGAACACGGCGCUGCACUGGGCCGUGCUGGCUGGCAACACCACCGUCAUCAGCCUGCUGCUGGACGCCAACGCUAACGUCGAUGCACAGAACAUCAAGGGCGAAACACCACUGGAUCUUGCCAAGCAAAGGAAGAACGUUUGGAUGAUCAAUCACUUACAGGAAGCACGGCAGGCCAAAGGCUACGACAGCCCGUCCUACCUGAAGAGACUGAAGAUGGACAAGGAGUUCAGGCAGAAGGUGAUGCUGGGAACGCCCUUCGUGGUCAUCUGGUUAGUUGGUUUCAUCGCUGACCUGGACAUCGACUCCUGGCUGAUAAAGGGCGUCAUGUACGCCGGUGUCUGGGUUGCAGUGCAGUUCCUCUCCAAGGCUUUUUUUGACCACUCCAUGCACAGCGCUCUCCCUCUGGGAAUCUACCUGGCGACCAAGUUUUGGAUGUACACCACCUGGUUUUAUUGGUUCUGGAAUGAUCUCCCCUUUGCCACCGUCCACGUACCCUUCCUCAUUAACACCCUGGCUCUGUUCUACAACUUUGGUAAAUCCUGGAAGUCUGAUCCAGGAAUCAUCAAAGCAUCCGAAGAGCAGAAGAAAAAGACAAUUGUGGAGCUUGCAGAGACAGGCAGCCUGGAUCUGAGCAUAUUCUGCAGCACCUGUUUGAUACGGAAGCCCAUUCGGUCCAAACACUGCGCCGUGUGCAACCGCUGCAUUGCCAAGUUUGACCACCACUGUCCCUGGGUGGGGAACUGUGUGGGAAGUGGGAAUCACCGCUACUUCAUGGGUUACCUCUUCUUCCUGCUCUGCAUGAUCUGCUGGAUGAUGUACGGCUGUAUCUCCUACUGGAGGAUCCACUGCGCCACCAGUUACGCCAAGGAUGGUUUCUGGCUCUAUCUGACACAGAUCGCCUCCUGCUCCCCUUGGAUGUUCUGGAUGUUCCUCAACAGUGUCUUCCACUUCAUGUGGGUGGCCGUGCUCAUCAUGUGUCAGCUCUAUCAGAUCGCCGCUCUCGGAAUCACCACCAACGAGAGGAUGAACGCUCGGAGAUACAAGCACUUUAAAGUUACAGCCACCUCCAUCGAGAGCCCCUUUAAUCACGGCUGCAUCAGAAACCUCAUAGAUUUCUUUGAAAUCCGCUGCUGCGGCCUGAUCCGGCCCAUCACGGUGGACUGGACCACACAGUACACAAUAGAAUACGACCAGACGUCUGGCUCGGGCUACCAGCUGGUGUAGAGGAGGAGGAGUAAGAGGAUGAAGAGGGAAGGGGAGUGUAGGCAGAGCGUGGAUGGAUAAAUGGAAGGACGACCCUCACUCUCCCUCUCCACCCCUCCUCUGGCGAGCAUAUCUGAGUGAUGGCGUUCUCGUGAGCACCUGCUUUUUGGACCAUCUCUCCCUCACCGAUCAAACAACAACAACAACAAAAAAAGAAUCAGCCAGGACUAGCAUGCUGUUACGGGGCAACACCACACCCACCCCCUCCCCCUGGCCUUCACCACCACCACCUUUACUACUAUUACUACUACUACUAUUACUCUACCUUUCUCGCUGACCAACUCUCUUCCUCUCUUCUCCCGAGCUCUUUGGACGGUGCGUUGCUGCCAGGCACAAAUGACGAGGAGAGAGGAAUUACAAAAACUUAAAAGCUCUUCUAUCCGGAGACUCGACACUGCAGAAAAAGUAGAGCCACGAAGAGGCAACGCUGUUCUUUCCCCGUCCCCCACUCGAUAUCUUAUUUAUGGUGUCCCUGUCCGUGUGCCCCGUACAUGUCUGUUUCUGAUUGGUUCAGGCGCUCUGCUGUUCCUGUCACAACUAACUGUGGUGAAAGAUAAAAGAAAGUUGUUUUUUUAAAUAUAUACGUGUAUAUGGAAAAAAAAGCAAGAAAUCGUUUUAAAGUAUGAUAGAAAUAAGGGAAUGUCUUUUAAGGUCUUGUUUUUUGUUUUUUUGUUUUUAUUCUGCACCGUGAUGAGUUUCCAGCGGAGCUGAUGAUUUGCCAACCAGUGCUGAACUUGUCAUAGGAGAGAGUUUGGUUAAAGGGAGCCGCUGCAGAA